UAGAGUGUUCGCUAUCUUACAUUAUGGCUCGUACUAAGCAGACUGCUAGAAAGUCGACCGGGGGUAAGGCUCCGCGAAAACAAUUAGCCACCAAAGCUGCACGUAAAAGUGCUCCAGCCACUGGCGGUGUGAAGAAACCUCACCGUUACCGUCCGGGAACCGUUGCUUUACGUGAGAUACGACGUUAUCAGAAAAGUACCGAGUUGCUGAUCCGUAAAUUGCCCUUCCAGAGGUUGGUACGUGAGAUCGCUCAGGAUUUCAAAACUGAUCUCAGAUUUCAAAGUUCCGCCGUAAUGGCACUUCAAGAAGCUAGCGAAGCUUAUUUGGUUGGACUUUUCGAGGAUACCAACUUGUGUGCGAUCCACGCCAAAAGAGUAACUAUCAUGCCGAAGGACAUUCAACUUGCUAGACGUAUCAGGGGUGAACGUGGUAAAGUUAAGGGUAAAGCGAAGUCUCGUUCAAAUAGAGCGGGAUUGCAGUUUCCCGUUGGACGUAUCCAUCGAUUGUUGCGAAAGGGAAAUUACGCCGAACGAGUAGGAGCGGGAGCACCCGUUUACCUGGCAGCCGUGAUGGAAUAUCUCGCUGCUGAAGUAUUGGAAUUGGCCGGUAACGCCGCUAGAGACAACAAGAAGACUAGGAUCAUUCCACGCCAUCUUCAGUUGGCCAUUAGAAACGACGAAGAAUUGAACAAAUUACUCUCUGGAGUCACUAUUGCCCAGGGCGGAGUUUUACCAAAUAUCCAAGCGGUAGAGUGUUCGCUAUCUUACAUUAUGGCUCGUACUAAGCAGACUGCUAGAAAGUCGACCGGGGGUAAGGCUCCGCGAAAACAAUUAGCCACCAAAGCUGCACGUAAAAGUGCUCCAGCCACUGGCGGUGUGAAGAAACCUCACCGUUACCGUCCGGGAACCGUUGCUUUACGUGAGAUACGACGUUAUCAGAAAAGUACCGAGUUGCUGAUCCGUAAAUUGCCCUUCCAGAGGUUGGUACGUGAGAUCGCUCAGGAUUUCAAAACUGAUCUCAGAUUUCAAAGUUCCGCCGUAAUGGCACUUCAAGAAGCUAGCGAAGCUUAUUUGGUUGGACUUUUCGAGGAUACCAACUUGUGUGCGAUCCACGCCAAAAGAGUAACUAUCAUGCCGAAGGACAUUCAACUUGCUAGACGUAUCAGGGGUGAACGUGCCUAAAUUUCGAUUCGGGAAUCUUACAUAUCGGUUCUUUUCAGAACCACAAAA